CCAGUAUUUGAUACGUUCUCGAUUAUUGCGGGAAAAUGGACGAUUCUUGCCAAAACUAUCGUUUAAUAUGCGAAAACAUUUUUUGUUAAAUGAUGAAAAUGGCUAUAUAACAAAGGGUAUGGAACGACCGCCACAAAUGCAAAAUCCAAUGGCUGAUCCAACGAUGAUGACCGAUAUGCUAAAGGGUAAUUUAUUGAACGUUCUUCCGAUGAUCGUAAUCGGUGGUUGGAUCAACUGGACAUUCAGUGGUUUUGUAACAACGCGUGUUCCAUUCCCGCUUACGCUACGCUUUAAGCCAAUGCUUCAGAGAGGUUGUACUUUUUUAUUGCGCGAGAUUUUUGGAUUUUAA